UUAUCUGCAACAUCAAGCGAUGCCGUCCGAGUAAAAUCACGGCAGAGAUACUGCAUAAGUAUUCCGUAUUUCAGUUAGUUAUGUCUUCCACACUACCCUAUUUCCUUGCCUCCAAACGUGAACAAAGAUAUCAACACUAUUAUGCGGACCCAUAUUCUAUGUGCGGCCAUUGCCAUUUCGGGUGCUCUGAGCCUAUUGAUUACACCUACCCAUCGCCUUCCUGACAACGUAGAUGCGUUUACUGUACCGGUGACAAGAAUAUCAGAUGCGCAUGCGCAAAAGCCCCUGAGACAUAGCAACCCAAAGCUGGGGGCGACGGGUAGGAAAUUUAGAGUCAAGGAGCAAACCGAUGACAUAUGCCGAGCUGGCAGUCGUCAAUGGACUGGCUGGAUCGAUAUCUCGGAAGAGAAAAGUCUCUUCUUCUGGUUUUUUGAAUCUCGACAUGAGCCUUCCACGGAUCCAGUUGUAGUUUGGUUGAAUGGUGGCCCAGGUGGCUCGUCGUUGAUGGGAUUAUUCUCUGAAAUCGGGCCAUGCUUGACGAACCAAGACAACAACGACACCAUCUUGAACAAGCACAGUUGGACGAAUUUUGCCAGUGUGCUCUUUAUCGACCAACCAGCCGGUGUUGGGUUUUCAAAAAUAAACAACGGCACGACUGGGGGACCGGACAAUGAAGUCGAAGUGGCGCAAGACCUAAAUAUAUUCCUGCACAGUUUCUUUACAGAAGUGUUUCCAGGAUUUGCUCACCAGCCAUUUCACAUCGCCGGCGAGUCAUUUGGUGGUACAUACGUGCCAGGAUUCGUCGACUUCGUCAGCCGACGCGCGGCUAUGGGCGUCCCCGGAAUCAUCUCGCGUCCGAUCCAAUCCAUCAUACUUAUUGAUGCCGUUAUUGAUAUAGUUGGCUCGGGGGCCCUCGGCGAGUAUGACCACAUGUGCCGUUUUAAUAAGGAUGGGAGGAAUCAGCUUAAACUGGGACUUAACCGUACAGCGUGCGACGAAAUAGAAAAAUCUGUUCAGGAAUGUGAGAGAUUGAACAGGCAAUGCAUCGAUACCUACGAUGGUCACAUAUGCAAAGCGGCAUGGUCGUUUUGUGACGUCCAUAUUGAGUCACUGCUCCAAUCCGGCCCUGUAGCCCGGAACGUGUAUGAUGAUCGCGAGCCGUGCCACGGCGAGCUACCAUUCUGCGGCAAAGUAAUGUAUGACACUUAUCUCAACUUGCCGAAAGUUCAAGCGGCUCUCGGAGUCGACUGGAUUUUUUCGGCCAUCAAUCGCGAUCUAAACACUCGUUGGGAGGCAAGCUUGGGGUUCUACUUGCCUACAACACGUGAAUUGCAGUAUAUCCUCGAUAACACCGGUACACGAGUCCUAGCGUUAAAUGGCAACAAUGAUAUCAUCGUAAAUACGGAAGGGCAGAAGCGCGUCUACGAUCAACAACCUUGGAAUCAUCAGGCUCGGUACCGUCUCGAGAAGUUCGCUGAAUGGACAUGGCCUGACGAAUCGGGGAAUUUGACGAAGGGUGGCGAGGUCAAAUCGGCAGAUAAGCUGACUUUUGUGUCAGUCGAUGAAGCCGGACAUACGUCUCCAGGGGACCAGAAACAGGCCGUAGGAUGGAUCAUGAAAUGCUGGCUGCAUCAGAGAACGGACGCGACUUGCGUGGUCUAGCAUUUGAAUCUGUUCCGGUGUUGUUCUGAUAUUCGGUUGGAAGCGGAAACUGUCCUGGGUUAUGAGACUCUGUACUGAAAUAAAGCCGCAAAGACGCAGUUGUAAAAUGUACUUCGUUGCUUUCUGUCCUUGCCAAAAACCAACCAAAUUGAUAUCAAUACCUGUUUACUGUGCGAUCCAUUAAUUGACGUUUCAAAUAUAUCGAUUUUUGUAGGUCAAUCAGUCAAUUCUGUUCUUCACACCACGCAAGGUACCCGACGAUCCGGAUCUGCAGCUCUGCAGCUCUGCAACUCUGCAAGUUUAUGUAGCUACUAGCACAUGUGUGCCAAGCGGGCUUCCGCAAGUUUUCCGCGUUCCAACUGCAUACCUAUUGCAAAGGAAUAAGUACCACAAGUGACUCAAGCUUUGGAACUUGGACUAUAAUGAUGCUAAGUUAUUAUUAUGUAUGUCGAGUUUCAAAGUUAUCAAGGGACAAAAAUCCAUCACAAUGAUCGCACCUUUCUACCAUACUCCCAUGAUUACAGUGUG